AUGGGAUUCAUCGAGGCAAAAUCCGACACCUCCCUAUUCAUCUAUCGCCGAGGACAGGAUACUAUUUACCUUUUGCUGUAUGUUGACGACAUCGUGCUCACAACAUCGACUGACAAGCUUCUACAUUGGACCAUCUCCUCCCUACAGUCCGAGUUCUCCAUGAAGGACCUUGGCUCACUUCACCACUUCUUGAGGGUCACAGUUGACAGGCUCCCCUCAAGCCUACUUCUCCACCAGCGGCAGUACAGUCUUGACAUCCUCGACCGUGUAGGCAUGGCCGACUGCAAACCGUGUAGCACGCCUGUUGACACCUCUUCCAAGAUGUCAGCCACAGUUGGUGCACCAGUUGCUGACCCAACUGACUUCCGGAGCUUAGCAGGUGCCCUACAGUACCUCACCUUCACGCGACCAGAUAUUGCUUAUGCCGUUCAGCAAGUGUCUCUUCACAUGCACGACCCUCGUGAGCCUCAUCUCACUGCGCUCAAGAGGAUAUUGCGGUAUGUUUGGGGCACGUUGGAUUAUGGAUUGCACAUUCAGAAGUCUCCUGUCACUGACCUAGUUGUCUACUCUGAUGCUGAUUGGGCUGGCUGUCCUGACACUCGCAAGUCAACCUCCGGUUAUGCAGUUUUUCUCGGUGAUAACCUUGUUUCUUGGUCCUCCAAGCGCCAGAACACGGUGUCCCGCUCCAGUGCAGAGGCCGAGUAUCGUGCAGUGGCAAAUGCUGUCGCCGAAGCUACCUGGCUACGACAACUACUUCAGGAACUACACACACCGCUGGCAAAAGCAACCGUUGUCUAUUGUGAUAACGUUGCUGUUGGUGCUAUUCGUGUGCUGCAUGUUCCUACUUCCUCCCAGUACGCCGACAUCUUCACCAAAGGGCUUCCAACGCCGGUCUUCCUCGAGUUCCGGUUCAGUCUCACCGUUCGUUCUCAUGACGAUGCGACUGCGGGGAGGUGUUAG